AUGACUCGAGACAUGGAUCGACGUCGACGAGAAUGGGAAAGUGAAGUUGAAAACAUGCGCAAGGGGUUCUUUUCGUUGAAACCGAACGGCAAGUUUGACAGCAUCUCGAGCCGUCUCGGUGAAGAUUUCGGCUUGGGCGGCCCCAGCACUGCCGGCAGCAUUGGGGGUGGUAUGACUGGCGGUGGGAUUGAUUAUGAAGACGCCAUUGGUACCGUGGAGAAGGACGCCGAAGGAAAGCCUGUAUUUAAGGCCCGGUUUGAUGUGCGCGACUUCAAACCGGAAGAGGUCAACGUCAAAAUGGAUGCUGAUAAGAUCCAAGUUCAUGCGAAACACGAAUCAAAAUCCGGUGGAUCUUCAGUUUCCAGAGAAUAUUCCCGAUCGGUCAACAUACCGAAAGAUAUCGACCCUAUGAACCUUCAGUGUACCAUGUCCAAUGAUGGCAUUUUGAGUAUUGAAGCACCACUGCCAGUCCCAGACUACGGGGCCCUUAAAGACGGCUCUGCUCGGAGUCCACUUGGGCCACAGAUGACCAGUCCAAUGCCCUCCGGUCAGUGUACCCCACCGUCUCGUCCUCUUAUAGAAGAAAGAAGAUACAAAGAUGAGAUUGAUAUUGAAGAUUACAAACCUGAGGAGAUAACAGUAAAAACAUUGGAUCGGAAGUUAGUGGUUACUGCUCGCCGGGAAGAGAAGAUAGGAAACCGUACUACAACUCGUAAUAUGAGCAAAGAAUCCACAAUUCCGGAUAAUGUCGAUCCGAUGUCCGUUAAAGCUUUCUUUACCGAAAAUGGUCGUCUGCUAAUUGAGGCCACGUACAAAGCGGAUAUGGGAACCGGAAGUCCUCUCUUCCGCACAGAUUCUCCGCUGACAUGA